CACUGCUGUGAGUAAACUGCUGUGAGCUGUUUUGGUAAAAAUUCAGAGGUUCACACCACAUAGACGCUCAUGGGAAUGUCAGUGUGAAAAUGAAUAAUGGUUUUCUCCAGGAUGAAAACAGCCGACAAGGGGUGCUAGCGGACGCUUCUCCUCACAACACGUCACGAGGGAGUCGGUAGAGGCUCCCAGUGGAUAGCACUGCCUGUCUAAACACCAGUUAACCACAACCUACUCGUCUUGAAGGUUUCAAUGGUAUUGGCUUGAUGGGAUCCAAGCGGGCAUCAGAGUGAUGGUCUAAGGACUCACAGUCACAGAGGUGCUCGCGCGUGGAAUGUUGCGCUGGUCGGUGCACCUAGAAGGAGGGCCGCGGAGAGUCAACCAUGCUGCUGUGGCGGUGGGGCACAAGGUGUACUCCUUUGGAGGCUACUGCUCCGGGGAGGACUACGAGACACUCCGUCAGAUUGAUGUGCAUGUCUUCAACACAGUGUCUUUGCGCUGGAUGAAGUUGCCUCCAGUGAGAACGGGAGGACAUGAACGUGCCCGUGAAGUGCCAUAUAUGCGUUAUGGGCACACAGCUGUGCUGCUGGAUGAUAUUAUCUACCUCUGGGGUGGGCGUAACGACACAGAGGGGGCCUGCAAUGUGCUUUAUGCCUUUGAUAUCAACAUCCACAGAUGGUUCACACCCAAGAUUUCGGGGACUGUUCCAGGGGCAAGGGACGGCCACUCAGCCUGCGUCCUGAGGAAGGCAAUGUAUAUAUUCGGAGGAUAUGAGCAGCUGGCUGACUGCUUCUCCAAUGACAUCCACAAGUUGGACACCACCACCAUGAUUUGGUCAUUAAUUAAUGCCAGAGGCACUCCAGCACGCUGGAGGGACUUCCACUCAGCCACCAUCAUCGGGACAAAGAUGUUUGUGUUUGGAGGGCGAGCAGACCGCUUUGGUCCUUUCCACUCAAACAACGAGAUCUACUGCAACAAGAUCAAAGUGUUCGACACAGAGACCAACUGCUGGCUGAGCACCCCUUCAACACAGCCAUUGCCAGAGGGACGCAGGAGUCAUUCAGCCUUUUCCUACAAUGGAGAGCUGUAUAUAUUUGGAGGAUACAAUGCCAUUUUGGACUGGCACUUCAAUGACCUCUGGAAAUUCAAUCCAGAAGCCUUUUCCUGGAAUAAGGUAGAACCGAAGGGGAAAGGCCCAUGUCCGCGUAGACGGCAGUGCUGUUGUAUGGUUGGCGAUCGAAUCAUCCUCUUUGGAGGAACCAGCCCCUGUCCAGAGCAAGGAAUGGGUGAUGAAUUUAACCUCAUGGAUCAUUCAGACCUGUAUAUCUUAGACUUCAGCCCUAAUUUGAAGACGUUAUGCAAAAUAGCUGUUAUUCAGUACAGUCUGGAGCAGUCAGGACUCCCACAUGAUAUCAGGUGGGAACUGGCAGCCAUGACCACCAACAGCAACAUCAGCAGGCCCAUCUUCUCCUCCCAUGGCUGACGCCGCUGAAUGUGAAGCAGAACUCCUUGCUCUGUUUCGGGACACUAGGCUUUUAUCUUUCUCAUCAACUGAGCUCAGACGGACUGUUUUUGUAGAGUUUGGUCAUGUAUCGGAUUUAUUUUCCACAUUCUUCAAGUGAAAACUCAUUACUGACCAAAAUAUCCUGCGAAUGACUUCCUUGGACACCAUGAGCUUUCUCACGUCGAAGGAUAUUUUAACCCCUGAGAACAUUGGUCAUGUGAAACAGAAAUUGUUGACACCUGUUCACCCUUUUCUCUUCUUUCUAGCCUCUCUAGAAAUCCAGUCAGCCUAUGAUAAUCAUAGACUUCUAAUCUUAAGCACAGGAAGAGACAAGAACUUGAGCCAAAGGUCUUGAGAGCUAACCUCUUUGUUGAGGAUGUCAUCCUGAUGUCACACUCAACCGAUAUCCCCUAAGAGUCAAAUGUGAACCUUCUAUUCCAGAUAUAAAGAGAUGGUUGUAAGUUUGUGUAUCUUGAUCAUAAAACCAUGUAAAACUACCAUUUGCAGCAAAUUAAGUUAUGUACACAGCAUAUAGAGUGGACAAGGCUAACUUAUUACUUUAGUGUUAAAUGCAAGGAGAUAGAGUAUUGGGUACGACAUUUCUAGGGGUAUUAUGCCUGUGAAAGGUUCUGUUUGACUGGCUUUUGAUGCUUACCUUUUUCCCUACUUCAUCAUAACCUGGCUAGCACCCUCACUGCUCUUAAGCAUCUCAGAUGAUUUGCAAGGUAACUGAAGCAAGCCGUCUGUCCGCCUUGUAAAAUAAUCAAGUCCAUCUACCUCCCUCAAUAGCAUGUAUCAUUGUGUCUUUAAUAUGACUUCCCAUACAUUAGACAUCUACUUUCCCCCAGGAAAAAAAAGACCUUUUCACAGGGAAGUUUGUAUUUGUGGUUGGCUGUGGUAUUCUUCCAAGAAAUGGAGUGUCACUGGAAGAGUGUUUGUUUGUUUUUCAGUGCCAAAUGUAGAAGGGAAUCAUGAUGCAAAUAUAUACUGUGUAUGUGUGUAAGCACGUGGUCCCGUCUACACAUAAUCCUAGCCCACCUGCUUCUGUUUGCCUGUUGUUGUGAGAGGAGAUCAUCACUAAUAUGCAUAAUGUAGUUGUUCCUCUUAUAGACAAUCCUAUAGCAUUUAGAAACUCUCCUUGUGACCUGCUUAUUCAGAGUGCGGUGAAAAACCAGGAAAGUGUGUAGCUUUGCUUGUGUGCAACUACAAGCAAAGCUACACCUGAGCAGAUGUUAUAAAUGCAUAAGGGCUGUUAUUAGAUUACACACUCAACAAACAAAAAAUGACUUGGAAUAGCUCACAUUUGGGAUGUUUAUUCAGGUUGUGUUUUCUUAAUUUUAUUAAUACUGAUCACAAAUUUUAGAACAAAACUUUGAAAACACGAGUGGUGGCCAUCUGUUUUAACCUUUUAUCUCCAUCCACUUUAGUUGAAAGUUAAGACUGGUGAUAUUCUAUAUUUUUGAUGUCAACAAAUCCCAUAAAAAGACCAAAACCUAUUGUGUGUUAGUUCGUCUCUCAACACUGUCUGUGGCUCUCAGCCCCAAGCCCAUUUGUUCCCAUUGAACAGUACCAACAUAAGGUUCAGUCAUUUCCUAAAACAGCUGGGCACAGUCGCUUUUAACAAUUGUUACUCUAACAGGAGUAAACUGAGUAUUUGUUGGAGACUUUUUUCAGUCACAGAUUUGGUACACUUAGGGUGUUUUUAGGUUCCACUCAAACUAAACUAAAGUGGCCAUGCUCAUCGUUAUGAAGAAACAAGUCAACCAGUGCAAUGCUGUGGCUCACUUUUUGUUUUUAAUAGCUUUUAGACAAUGAUGAAAGUCUAUGGAGUAAGAUACAUCAGGCUUUGGAUACACAGACAGUACUUGUUAGAUCAAUUAAUUGUUGGUUUUGGUCUUUUUAUGGGAUUUGUUGACACUAAGAAAAAUACAGAAUAUCACCAGUCUUUAAUUAAUUAAUAAUACGGCAUGACAUUGAAAUGAAUGACUUGGUGCGGAUGAAUAUACAGGCAAAAGAGUUUCAUUUACACUGCCUAUUUAUUUUGAUGUGAUUAGGAACUGUGUUACCACACACUUGUGAGCUGCAUGAAUGCUUUUCAGUCCUGGUCUUUGGGACCAAAUCAGCUGCUGUUUUCUGUCCUGUCAGAUAGUUACAUUGAAUCUGUAUCAGUCAGUCCCUGAUCAGCUGGUUAGAAUUAAACCCUGCAAGGCUCUGGGUCCCAAACAUCAGGAUUGGUUAACACUGACCUACAUCAUAAAUGUUUACAAAUCUGUGUAUUUCAUGUAAAGCAGUGUAAAACAAUCUUAAAUGCAGGUUGAAGUCACCAGAUAUCUGCACUAAAGCCAAUCGUGGCAUGUCAGGCCUUACAGAGAGGAGACAUGUUGAUGCUGUUUUUUGCCUAAGUAGAGUUCCAGAGUUUGAGACGUUCGCCUGCCCGAACCAAGUGUGAAUUUUAUAUACAGACCGGUGGUGCCAAUGUGACGCAGUCUUAUGCCCUCUACACAGCACACGCACAUGGACAUAUGACACACUUGCUAUUCCUCAGUACCCCAGUUAGCUACAGCUAAUGCAGUGAAACCACAGGGAAGCUAAUCGUGUGUUCACAAAAAAAACCCUACUGGUGAACAAAUCAAACUGUUUAUGUAACACCAAAUGGCCGUCGGCAAAACUGAUGAUAUUUGUUUAUUUCUUCUUUUUUUUUCUAAUGCGUGGUGUGGAAGUCAUUUUUAUUUCAGGAUUUUGGUCCUUGUUGCGUGUGAAGAUUAUGGGUGAUGGUUUUUUCAGUCAAGAACUCUUCAGGAAUAUGACAUGAAGUGAAUAUGAAGUAUAUUACAAUGUAGACACUAUAGUCAAAAAUAAAAUACCUGCACAAUAAAAUUCCUCAGUGAUGGUCACUCACUUAUCUCCACUAAGGCAAUGCCAAUGAUGGAUGUUUUGAUUUUGCCUACAUAUAUUUGCAUUACAUUUUUAAUGGCCGCGAUGUAAAACCGCAGUUUGUGAGUCUCUUUUCUCAUUUCACUUUGUGAGGAGACUUUAGCAAAUAGUUGAACAAACUUCACCUGGUGACAUGCUAUACAAAAACAGCAUUUGCCAACCUAGAAAAAACUGCUGCUGUCAAGAAAAGUGCAUCAUUAGAUUAUAGCGCACACUCACGCUAAAGUUGUUCAGCGUGAGCAGUAAUUAUUGGCCAAACAGAAGUAUGUGACCGGACUGAUUUCAUGUCAAGAAGUCUAUUCUGUCUUUAGGGCUUACAGUAGAUGGCUGAAUAAUUCCUAAACAACAAAGAAUGCUUGGAAAAAAACAGAUCAAAGUAUGGAGUGUAUUUGGAAUCAUGUUACUGUGGCGGCUCCCUAUGCUCACUGUUUUUAUUUAAUUUUAUAUUUUACACAUUUUUCAGAGGGGACUCUAUAUCCGUCAAGGUUGGUCAGGACUUCCUGUGCAAUAUGCUUUAUAACUGUAUCAAUAAUAAAUCUGAGACAAUUUGA